UUGUCCACAGUUUCUCCAACAUGUCUUAACAGCUCAGACAAACUCCAAAGCGGUUAAACAUUAGAAGAUAGGACCAUUGCUUUGUCAGUGUCAUCAUUGUCAACUUUGACAUAAAGGCUGUUGUGUAACAAGCACAUGAGUCAGAAUGUACCAUAUUGUUCAGGUACAGUACUGCAGGUAGCUCACUAGUAAACAAACAGCUGGAAGGAAAAACAGUGACUGGGCCUGCAGAAGACUUUCCUUUUACCUGAUAUCCGCCUAACAACAAUCCACUUCUCAUCUCUCUGGAUCACACGGCUUUAGCAGGUUCAGAGUCUACCGGAAUAUACCAACUCCCUGUGUUUUGAGUGAAAGCCUUUGUUUGGAAAUAGCCGCUCAUUGUAGAGUUACCGCACCUACACUGGUAGGCUGGUCGCAGUCAUAUUGGAGCUGUGUAGUUAAGAGUUUACAGAGAAGCCUUCAGGCCUGGAACACGGCAGGAUGAGGAGACUGAACCGGGUUAGUGCCUCUGGCUGUUACAACCCUGCCAUGGAGAUGGAGAUGACCGAUGGAGUUGUCAACCAGUCUGAACAGCAGCCAGUUGUUGGACGUGCGAUCUCGAAGACAUCUGUGUCCAGUGCUGCGAAGGCAGCUGCUCAGUGGGCUUCAUACGCCUGCAGCCGCUGGAAACGAGCCUGCCGUCAGUAUGUGAAGAGAAAACCCACAGGGGAAUUCUUUGAGACCAUGUACAAAGGCCUGGCCUUGGAUGAAGAUGUCAUAGAUGGAGGAGACAAAAGCUUCCACCUCAAUAAAAGACUGCUAGACCAUUUCAGAGAACUGGCUUCCAGCAAUCAGGACACUGAUGAGGUGGACCUUCAGUACCUGAGUGAUGUAAUCGCAGAUGGAGCCGACCCCAACUCAACGGACCGAUACGGACAAACUGUCUUGCAUGAGAUCUCGAGGGCGUGGAAUGUGGACGUGAUGCGUUUCUUCCUGGACAGGGGGGCUGAUGUUCUGCGUCCUGACUCCUACGGGGUCACGCCCCUGCACGUUGCCGCAGCUCUGGACUACGAGGAGAUGAUCCACUUCUUGUUGGAGAGGAAAGCCGACAUUGGUGCUCAGACCAACAUGGAUCAUCAGACACCUCUGCACUACGCUGCUAAGAAUGACGCGGUGGGGGCAGUCAAGGUGCUGCUGCAGUAUGGGGCAGACAUCUCCGCACGAGACUACAAAAGGAGAACCCCUCUACAACUGGCUGCCAACCUAGACAGGAGUGAGGCUGCACGGACACUAAUGGAACUAGGGGCUGAUGCUGGGGUAAAGGACUCUGAUGGUCAGCUUUGCAUCACCGCCAUGAUUGACAAGAUGACCUCAGUGGCUCAUUUGGCUCUGAACCAGUUCCAUGUGACUGACCGGAUGACCAGGCAGCAGUUCUACUACCUUCACCUGCUGGAGCCAGAGCCACCCUGCAAGCAGAAUCCACCAGGACAGGGCUCACAAGAGGGUGUUGCCAGUGAGCCUACAUCACCAUUGGAGUUCAUAGUACACCAGGGGAAGUUGGAUCUCAUCAUGCACCCUGUGGUUCUGAAGCUCAUCACUGUCAAGUGGAAACUGUAUGGCAGGUCAGUUCAUCGGUUGGGGGCUUGGAUACUCCUACUCCUUAACUUCCUGUUUAUAGUCUCCUGGACGACCGUGGCCAUCUCUGUGUCUGUCAUCCGAACCGAGGAGCCUUAUGUUUUCCCUGAGGACUGGUGGCGUGUGUUUGGGGUGGUGGUGGCUCUGGGGCUAACAGUGGUGGAGGUGGGCCGGGAAGUGGCAGAGAUGAUAGGCUCCAGCAGGAAGCUAAGGAGCUGGCAGAGUUGGUGUGAGCAUCGCACCAACGAUGACCUGCGCUGCACACACCCAAUGUGGCCCGAGGAAAAACAUUUCUUGGAAGAGCAAAUCAAGUUGAUCCACCGCAUGAAGGGAAACUACUUACAAGACCCCUGGAACAUCUUUGAUUGGCUGGUGUACAUACUGCUGAUGGCUGUGUUCGGGAUCCAUGUGGCAGACAUCUUCUUGCUUGGAGGAACACUGCGGGACUACAGCCUGCGCCUCUUCGCUGUGGUCAUCAUCUUCCUCUGGCUCCGGCUGAUGAAACACGUCCGAGCCUUCAGGGUUAUGGGUCCUUUCAUUGUCAUGCUGGGGAAGAUUGUGGGGGAUGUGCUACGUUUCCUCUUCCUAUAUGCAGAGAUCUUUAUCCCUUACGCGUGUGCCUUCUGGAUUAUAUUUGGAGGUCAAGCGUCAAUACCCAGUAUGCGGACUGUACCCCAGCUGCUCUACAGCCUGUACCGCAUCACUCUGGUGGACGAGUAUGAGUUUAACGCCAUGGUGGAAGUGGACUCGAUCAUGGCCCACUUCCUCUGUGGUACCUUUCUGGCUCUGUCCUCCAUUCUGUGUGUCAACCUGAUGAUUGCCCUUCUCUCGGACACCUUCCAAAGGGUGUAUGACAAUGCACUGGCCAAUGCAGUAAUGCAGCAAGCAGCCAUUAUCCUGCAGGUGGAGGAAUCCAUGCCCCGUCUCUGCCGUUUCUAUGACGACCAGCACAUCCACCGCUUCUGUGCCCCUCUUGGGGAGUUAUACGACGAUGACAUCAGAACUGACUCAAAGCGGCACGCUGAGCUGAAGACGAUCACCACUCAGAUCAAGGAGACCCUAGAUGAGUUCCUGGAGAUCCAAAAAGAAGUGAAUCCCCCCGAACAAGGACGACCUGAUGAGAGUGACAGGGCCUCAGGGGAGAGGUGCUUCUCAUUCCCUGUGCAGGGGGAACACCUGCAGACUCUGCAGAGGCUCCAGGUGGACCAGACCCAACAGAGCCAGGACCUCAGUGCCCUGAGGGCAGACAUGAAGAACCUGCAGGCCCUGAUCCACCAACUGAUCCAGUCCCAGACCAGCUCAUGUGUGGGCUGUGGUGUGACUUUGAAGGCAGCAGAAAGCACUGGGUCAGAGCCCGUCGAAGCGCCACCAUACAGGGCCUCAACAGGUUGACUCCUUGAUGCUGAAGAUGCUUGUAACCACAGAGACUGCACAAGCAACACGAGAUCCAGGACCAGACAACAAGGAUGAAACCUUCUAACUAACAUCUAUCUCCUUAUCAGUUUUUAGGUUAUUCAGAUAAUUGAUGGUAUCUUAUGGUAUGACUACAAUACAUGCAGUAUAUGUUUGCUAAUCUAAUAGAUGCGGUAAAGAGGUCAAAUGGAAGCAUAUAAAACAACUCAAUGUUUAUAUCCCAGGACAAAUUAGCUAGCAACAGCAAGCUAGCUAAAUAGGACAAAUUAACGUUAGCUAGCAACAACAGCAAGCUAACUAGCUAAAUAGCCAUACAUGUUUAAUGCUUUUCGAAGGAGUUGGCCACUACUAUCCGAGAAAUUGAUCAUGACAACAUUAUCUCUGCCUUCGACUUGUAAUUAAAAACCGAUAAACGAAUCUCUUGCACUGCUCUUGCACGGCUAAAGUGGAUACCUACUCAACUAAAGUGGAAAGUUUAGAGACAGUGGCCAAUCUGACAGAAGGGCGACUCCAUGACCUGAAAUAAAUUUCCUAAAAAUGAAAACAGAAUAACUCAAAAAAUAAAUUAAAUGUGGGGGUCACAGGACUUGAAACUGGUGUGGAAGCGGGCAACCCAACUUCCUUCAUGAGCCAUCUUUUCUAUGAACUGUUUGGGCAGGAGAAACUGGGUCCCAUGCCGCUGAUAAACAUUGUGCACCGUACGUACGAGUCCUCUCCAGAACGGAUCUUUUGUGUAUGAUUGUACAAAUCCACAGUUUUGAAGUCAAAUGACAAAUUGUUCGCCUCACAGCGGAUUCAGGGGCUCCGACGUAUGCAAAGAAGAGGCUCAGCAUCUACCCAGAUCUGAACUGCUGAAAAGAGGGCGAGCUACAACGAGGUGAGAUUCCAGCUACGCAAGCUAAACCUGAGAUGCGGCUUCAUCCGCCAUGCAAAACUCAUUUUGACCUUCGAGAAUACAACGCAGAUGUUUUUUCCACUGCCAAGGAGGCUCAAGACUCCUUCGAUAAGCACAUUAAGGCCAACACACAAGGGGACGAGCCAACCGAUUUUAUUUUAGAGUAACCGCAAUUUGGUUGGCUCAAUAUUCAGGUAUGCUAUCCACACAAAAUCACGUAGCCUAGCCUAUGGCUGUGAUGCUGCCCUCAGCAUAAGACAAUGAUGAGGAGGGAAUUGUUCACAUGGUGGGGCGGGGUUCACUUCUCGUGGGGAAUGACCAAUGUGUGGGUCCCUGUGGGUCCAGCUUUUUGUUUCACAUCCAUAGGCUUAUUAAGAAUACAACUAACGAUUACGUCGUUAAUAUUACCUUUUUUUUUUAAACAAUGACAACACUAGCUAUUCUCUCUUGGAAUUUGAAAGGCCUAAACUUACCUAUUAAAUGUUUCAGCUGUCGAUAUCUUAGCAAGAAACCGUAUCUAUAUAGCAAUUUUAUAUAUAGCACAUUUAGUAUAUGUAAAGACAAGAUUAUAUCAAUAAUAGUCUGAUAGGUGACAAUAGUAGCCUAUCACCUGUGAAUGAUAUAUUAUCACAUGUGAAUGAUGCCCAGCAUAAGGCAAGAAACAAAGCCUUUUUUUGGCGACUUUUUCUAAUCAUAGUCACACCUCAUGGAGCCUAUCCCAUACACCUAUAUGUUUUGAUAAGGUUUGUUUCACAACUGAAGUGGCCAAAUAAAUUCUUAAAAUUAAGAUCAUUAAUCCACUUUACAAGGGGGGUAGAGCCUAACUGGCAUACAUUAGCAGCGAGUGUGUUUUAUAAAUGCACCUUUAUCAUAUAAAAGCAGUACAUGCAUAAUCACAUUUGCGGUCACUUUUGAUAAUAAUUUCCCGCUAAUGGAACAUUCACGCUUAUAGCCUACUGCCAUGUGCGCAUUGCUGUACUUAUAAUGUGAAGAAAUAGACUAAUAGUUUGUCAACAUUCAAAGCUAAACGUUCUGAUCUGUGUCGUCAGCCACAUUGGGUAAAAAAGUUUUUUUGAUGCUAGUGGUUGUAUUAAUUUGUGAUCUAUCGCAUCCCACAACUGUUCCAGACUAUGUUUUUGUCUUGCACGGAAUAGAAUAGGUCAACUUUUGUACUAUGGGGGAUAGUAGAUUGACAUAGGCGAGUGUUUUUGCUGUUCGUUAGGCCUACUCAUCUUCUUGGCUGACAAAAAGUAAAUAUGGACAGUUCUUCCAAUAUCUUCAAUAUGCACCUUGCGCACCCCAUGCAGUUGAGUCCCUGAUGUGUCUGUCUUCACUUGUAGCCUGUGAGAAAGACCGAUCAUGUAAUGGUCUGUGAACUCUGUGAAGCAUUUAUUUGGGCUGCAAUUUCUGAGGCUCGUAACUCUAAUGAACUUAUCUUCUGCAGUAGAGGUAACUCUGGGUCUUCCUUUCCUGUGGCAGUCCUCAUGGGAGCUAGUUUCAUCAUAGAUGGUUUUUGCAACUGCAUCUGAAGAAACUUUCAAAGUCUUUAAAAACUUCUGGAUUGACUGACCUUCAUGUCUUACAGUAAUAAUGGACUGUUGUUACUCUUUGCUUAUUUGAGCUGUUCUUGCCCUAAUAUGGACUUGGUAUUUUACCAAAUAGGACUAUCUUCUGUAUACCAUCCCCCACCUUGUCACAACAAACGCAUUAAGGAAAGAAAUUCUAAAAAUUAUAUUUUACCAAGGCACACCUGUUAUUUGAAAUUCAUUCCAGGUGACUACCUCAUGAAGCUGGUUGAGAGAAUGCCAAGAGUUUGCAAUGCUGUCAUCAAGGCAAUGGGUGGCGACUUUGAAGAAUCUCAAAUUGAAAAUAUAUUUAACACUUUUUUUGGUUACUACAUGAUUCCAUAUGUGUUAUUUCAUAGUUUUGAUGUCUUCACUAUUAUUCUACAAUGUAGGAAAUAGUAAAAAAUAAAGAAAAACCCUAGAAUGAGUAGAUGUGUCCAAACUUUUCCCACCAUUUGUAUUGUUAAUUUCCAGUGACCUCUUUAUCAAUCUAGCCUAUUUAUUUGACUCAGUUAUCCCAGAGCUUUGUAGGCCUAAAUGUUUGGGUGAAUCAAGAACCAACCAUUUAGUUGUAAUUUACUGAUCUGGUCAGUUUAUGGUGCUGCCUUUUAAACGAGAAUUAACAAUGUUCCGCUAAUGUCUGGCAGGUCUGUCUGGCAUUAGAUACAUGCUCAACAUUAUUGUACAGUGUAAAUAAAGGUUUUGCACAU